GUCUGAUGAUGCUUCUUACUCUGCUUUACUUCUCCAACUUUUAAGGAACGGAUUUCUUUCUCCUUAUUCCCUUGCAUGGCGUUUUGGAUCUGACUGAAUCAACAGGGAAUAAAGUUCUUAUUUUCAUUUAUUUAGGAGAGGACAUUGCUCAGCUAACGAAUCAACAUGCCACGGUCAUUUCUGGUGAAAAACAAAAGGUGCGCCUCAUAUAACAUUCAUCGCACCUAUGUAGAAGAUCCUACCACCUCAGAAGAUGCUGAGGUUCCAUCCAAGGUUCAAAACCCACAAUCAUUAGAGGGGCCCCUUUCUGAGGGGCGGUCCCCCUCAGACCAUUGCUCUCCUCAGCAGGAGGAUUCAGAGCCUCAGUGUCCCUUACCUGGUCAUCCAGAGCCAACCAGCCCAUCAGUGCCCCCCUCACAGCCCUACUACCUUACAGAGCCUCACAUGGCUGAGUUUCCACCUUACUACAAGCCUUCUUAUGCCUGGGAGCCAGUGUCCUCCUCCUAUGAGCUCCGGCAGCUGAGUUUUAGCCCCACGGUCCUGCAGCAUGCCAGCAGCCUGUACGGCGGCCACAUAAGCCGCAGUCCACCCCCACAGCAGCCCCUGGACUGCAGCAGGCACUACUCCCCCACCUCCAGCACCUACCACUGCAUCACCUGUGAUAAAGUGUUCUCGACACCUCAUGGACUGGAGGUUCAUGUCAGGAGGUCGCACAGUGGAAUGCGGCCCUUCGGCUGCAGUAUCUGCAGGAAAACCUUUGGCCACGCUGUCAGUCUGGAGCAGCACAUGAACGUUCACUCUCAGGAAAAAAGUUUUGAGUGCAAGAUGUGCGGCAAAUCCUUCAAACGCUCCUCCACUCUGUCAACGCACCUGCUCAUCCACUCAGACACCAGACCCUAUCCCUGCCAGUACUGCGGGAAAAGGUUCCACCAGAAGUCAGACAUGAAGAAGCACACGUACAUCCACACAGGUGAAAAGCCUCACAAGUGCCAAGUUUGCGGCAAGGCGUUCAGUCAGAGCUCCAACCUGAUUACCCACAGCAGGAAGCACACAGGAUUCAAACCAUUUGGGUGCGAUAUUUGCUCAAAGGGCUUCCAGAGAAAGGUGGAUCUGCGCAGGCACCAUGAGAGUCAGCAUGGCAUGAAGUGAAGGCGAGCUUGAAUGUUUGUACAUAUUAGAUUUCUAUAAAAACAAAAAGCUGUCUCUAAGUAUCUUGCAUGGUGGAAGUCUUGAAGACAAACUGAAAUGUAAUAUAUAAGAAUACGUCUUUAAACAGGUCAGUGUACAUAGGGAAAAAUGGGAAAAACUCAGGUUACAUUUCUGUGAUAAUAUUCCAUUGGAAUGACUCAGGUUGUCGGGAA